AUGGAUGAAGAAUUGACAAACAAUGAACAUAUUGAUCAUGAUGAAAUUAUUCUUAAAAAUAUAAAAGACAUUGAAACUAAAAUUCAAAAAUUAAAAAAAAAUAUUGAAAGUAACGAUAAUAAAUUAAUUGAAAUAAAUGAAUUAAAUGAUAGAACCAUAAAACUAAAAGAGAGAUUAACAAAUAUAUAUUUUCAAUUUCUCAAGCAUAGUUCAGUUAUAAUAUAUGAAAAGAAGCUAAAAGAAUUGAUAAAAGAAAUUGAAUCCUUAAAAUAUAUAUUAAUUCAAAAUAGGAAUAAAAUAGAAUACAAUGAUAUGAAUAUUAAUUAUGAUGAUAGCUUUUUUCUUCCUGAAAAUGACAGUAUAGAUGAAGAAUAUGAAAGUAAAGAAUUAGUUGAUUACCAAAUUGAUAUAAAUCAAUAUAAAUUAUCUUUUCAAAACAUUUCAAAUAAAAGAAUAAUUAAAGGGUUUGGAGAGACUGAAUAUUCCAGUUUACUUUUAGAUAAUUUAGAAAAUUGUGAAAUUAUAGUUCUUGAUAUUUUAAGUUCUGUUUUAAUACAGAAAAUACAAAAAUGCACUAUUUGGGUAGCAGCAGUUGAAUCAUCUGUUUUGAUAUAUAAUUGUGUGAACUGUACUAUUUUAACAAAUACUAAACAAAUAAGAAUACAUGAUACAAAUGAUACUAAUUUCUAUAUUAAUACCAUGAGUUCUCCAAUUAUUGAAAAUUCAAAGAAUUUAUCAUUUCUUCAAUAUAAUUUUAAUUACGAUAGUUUAUCUGAAUUAUUAAAAAAAAUUAAUAUAGAUAAAAAUUCAAGUAAAUGGAGAGAAGUGUUAGAUUUUAAUUGGCAAAAUACUGAAGAAAAAUCUCCACAUUUUUCCAUAAUUGAUGAAACACAAGAAUUUCAUAUAAAUAUAAAAAAAAAUCUAGGUGAAAAUAAAGGAAACAUAACAAAUAAUAGUUAUAUUAUAGAAAAUUUUCCUUCUUUUUUAAAGAGAGUGGACUAA